AGAGAAUAUGGACUGUGCCGAGUGUAAACAACUGAGAGCUCUAGCUAGAGCUAGAGGAAGCAACUUACUCAUAAAACGAAAGUUAGUUCGUCAUUGGAGCUACCCGAAGAAAGAAAGAGAGAAACAACCGAUCAGAAACUCUACUAGCGCCUGCCUUUUCUCUCAUCAUGAUUUUUCUCCGCAGUCUGUUGUGUUGUCAGCUGUUGUUUUUGUUGACCAACACCGCAGAAGGUAUUCAUCACCGCAUUGCUGCUGCCAAUGCUACCCGUACUGGAUCCAGUAGUACCAUUCGCGCCCGAACAGCUCGCACACUCAACUUUACCGGUACCACAGCUUCUUCUACCGCCAAGCUGCAGGCAGAAGCACAACGCAGAGCCAAUCUUCGCAUCCGCCUUGAAGCCAAAUCCAAUGACUUUCAACGCGACCAGCGUGCCUUGGGCGUCAUCUCGAGCAGUGACGAUGUGCGCCGCGAGGUCGAAGAUGCCGAUGUUGAAGAAGAGCUGGUUAUCCCAAAGAAUACUAUUACUCCUGACUUUUCUCUGUUUGGAGGUAUCUCAGGGAUUACCUUUGAAGAAGAGGAAGAAGUGUAUUUAGCUGUACCCAAAGAAGCGAGGUAUCGACUGCUGCAAUAUGACAACAUUGAUCGACAAGGGGGCGGCAAUGAUACUUACAAUAAGAUUCCAGUAGCCAACGAAACGGAUCCUGUCGACACUCCCCGUUGGUAUACACUCACAUUCGAUGAGGGUGCUAUCAACAUAACCAAUGUCACAUACCUUCGCAAUCCUGAGAACUCGGACUACUUUUACCAGAGUGGAAAUGUCACAGUGCAAGCGAUAACCUCCUGCGAAGGAAUGAUUUAUGUUGCUUUGGACAAGGGCCCAACAUCCCCGCCUUACUUCCGCCCUAAAAUUGUUGAGUACAAUGCUAGCGGCCACGUCAUGGGGACCUUUCAGUAUCCGACUUGGUUCAACUUCAGUCAGGGCUUUACGGGUCUUUCCGUCAAUCCCAACGAGAAAAAGUUGUACGCUGCUACUGGGGACGGCCUUGUGGGAGAUGAAUCUCGGUAUAUCCGCAUCACGGAGUUUGAUUUGCAAACCCGUGAAUCGGGCCGACAGUACGUGUACGAAUCCGACCUGGAGAACGUAGUCGGUCUCGUCAGCCUUGAUGACAAUGGAGGCUUCCUGGUUUUGGAGCGAUCCGACGUCAGGCCAGAGUACAAUCCACUUUUUGGCAUUGUACAAUCUAACCCGCCCACUGUGGGUCGCACCCCACCAGAAAAUUGGUUUGGAUACAAUGUCAGACUCUACUACGCUCUCUGUUUGGACGCGAUGAACGUCCAAAACAUCAGCACUGGAUUGCAAGGCUUUACUCUGAACACAAUGCGAAAGGAGCUUGUGCGAGAAUGGUCCAACGUGACCAAGUGGGAAGCCAUUGGACUAGCGGGGGAUCACAGCACCUAUCGUCGAAAAACUGCAAGCAAAAGCCGACGAACAAAGCAUAGUCAUCGUGGGCUUGAAGAAGACGAAGAUUUCGAAGAGACUCCGAAACAUCGCAAGUUGGGAAGUGAUUCCAUCGAUAUCAUCCUAAUGGCAGACAAUGAAUUUGUCCGCGACACGGAGGCGCAGUUGUUGGAGGUGGAUAUUCAUGAAGUGCCACUCUUGCAGCCCGCAGUGGAAACGGAAGAUAUGUUGGAUCACGAAGGCGAGACUGAUGAAAGGGCGAAAGAUCCGGCGAUCUGGAUCCAUCCUAGCGUUCCCGAAUACUCGUUGAUCAUUGGUGCCAUGGACAAAGGAUUGGUUCACGUGUACGACAUGUCUGGGAACCUAAAACAGACUCUAGACAACGGUGACGAGGCAAGCGGCGUUGACGUUAUGUAUGCCUUCAAGUUGGGCAACGACAAACUAGUGGACAUUGCCAUCAUCACUGAUCGUGCUGGCAAUCGCAUUGAAACCUACAAGAUCAAUCAAGAAGAUCUACCAAGCAAUAACAACAUUCUAUCGAGCCUUUCCGAAGGCCUUCCAUCCGUCAGCUCGCCUGGAGGAGUGGCAGCCUACACAUCGCCCUUUACCGGGAGGUCCUAUGUCUUUGUCAUUGAAAAUGACAAUGCUAUCAAACAGAUUGAGCUCAAACCAACCGAUAACAAUGAACGAAUUCGUGGAGAUGUCAUUCGUACCGUUGGACUACCAGGAACUGCCGGAAGCAAUGGCAUUGUUGUGGACCAAGAACUCGGAUACAUUUACGUAACCAUCGACUUCAACGAGUUUGGCAUCGUCAAGCUUGAUGCCGAACCGGAUGAAGGUGACUCUGACUGGGAGUCCGUGGCGUCUGGCGAUCGUAGCUACUUCAAAGGAGGUGAUAUUGAGGGUCUCACAUUGUACUACGGAGACAAAGGCGAUGGCUACCUGGUGGUCAGUGUAUCUGGCGACAGCACGUUCGCAGUGUUUGAGCGUGAAUCCGACAAUGACUACUACGAUAGCUUUACCAUUAAGCACAAUGAGGAGGAGGGCAUUGACAGGGUCGAUCAUGCAACAGGCGUGACCAUCACCAACGUCAAACUUGGUCCAGAGUUCAAGUGCGGCGUGUUUAUCGCGGCGGAUGCAAACAAUGAAGACGCGCUCAUCAAAAACGAAAAUGGGAAUCUGGUGAAUGGCAACACUAACUUCAAGCUGGUCCCGUUUGAGGAACUUGCCGAAAAGCUUCACUACUACCUUGACGUUGACACGGAUUCUUGGGACCCUCGUCGCUUCGCUCUUGUGAUUUGGAUCAACUGCAUUGCGCAAGACGUGUACUCGGCCCUGAAUGAAAACAAGUUGAGUGGUCGUGACACGGAGAGCUUGCUGGGGUAUCUCAAUGAAGCCGUUCGGCACACGUAUCCUCGGGCGUCCAAGAAGCAGCAGAUGAUAUCUCGUCUGGAUCCCUUUUACUACGACGAUCGACGACGUUCCUUGGAAGAGCGUCGCCAGGAGACUCACCGUCGUCUGGAGGAAGACCGACGUGGGUUGCGAAAACGUCGCAAAGAUUGUCGCCGUCGCCGCAGGUUGGGCGUCGAUAGCGGCAAGGCACGAGAUGACCUUGACGACUUUUUGGACAAGUUGCAGUCUUUGAAGGAUGCCGGUCGCUUGGGUGAUGUUGACGAUUCGCGGUACGAGUAUUGGAAGGAUCUUGCGACUGGAGUCAAGGAUCAGCUUCACGAUGAUGACUAAAACAUACAUAUUAUAUGAAGUCAUGUAUUUUGCCAAUUGCCAGGCAGCUUGAUUGCUAGCUAGCAAUCCCCUCCGAUACAGAACAUGCACCCUUCGUUAUAUGGUACAUCGUACCACAGAUGACCACACAGCUCCACAAACUCAUCCCCACCACAUCCGCAGCGCGACAUCGGUUUCUCACCACGACCGACGACGGACAUACCGCUACACUUUAGGACAUAAGAGGAUCAAACAAUUAUUACAGCGGUUCUCUGACCUUGGUGUUCUCCGGUAGUUAGUAUUUACGUAUUGCAGGAGCCAAAACAAGCUCACCGCUUGAGCUCCGCGUGUCGCUUAAAUAUGAACGUGAACUUUGCUUGCCUGGCAAGUGUGUCUGAAGUGUGAGAUGGGAGAAAUUGUGAACCCAAUCAUUCCAACAUAG